AGUUAAACAAUAUUUUAUGAAAAAUGAAACGACCGAUUGAAGCUAUUAUCGAAGACGUAAUCAUUGACUCUUCCAAAGUUCAGCCCAUCAUUGUGAAUUUUCAGAAUGGUGAGCUUAAAGAUGAAGAAGCUAAAAAGAUGUCAACCGGUCUCUUUUACGACCCGAAAAAGCAGAAAACGAUGGUGGCUUUGUCAAAUGGGCAAAUUGUUUAUAGAGGUUAUAAACCCGACACGAGCCAAGAUUUGAUGCGUACUAUGCUCGUGCUCCACAACAGGAAAACAGGAAAAGUUAGACUGGUUCAAGUUGAACGAUGGCAGGUAAAUGCAGUAUUGGGGAAACCAAUAGCAGACAAUAAGAAAAAUGCUGAUGAUGAAAAUAUUGCUACAUUAAAUAAACAGUUUGGAUCAAAGAAAGCGAAACGUAUAACAGAGCAGUAUGAAAGAAUGAAAAUAAAUGUUGACUCUGUUAAAGAGCAACUUGAACAAACAGUAUCAAAUGUUGAAGUUGAUAGAGUAGACUUAUCAAUGCAGUUACCAGAAAAUGAGUAUAUUACAAACACAGCAUUACCACACUGUAAUAGAGAUGCGACUAAUGUAACAGAUGUAUACAAUGCAUUUGAUAUUGUACCAGAAAGCACAUUAAAAACUUUGUAUGAAAGAGCUGCAGAAAUUAUGAACAGUGAUGUUAAUGAUUUUGAAGGAAAAGCAAAGUUCUUUGCUUGGUCAUUGAAACGGUUAAAAUCUGAUCCAGAUAACAUUAAAAAAGCUGCAUUAUUGAUUUAUAUUCAAGCAGUUGUAACGUGGUUAAAUAUGCCAAUAAGAGAUGCUAAAAAACGGCACGUUGACGUUUGUCCAUCUUCCGAACAAAUUAACGCUCAUGUAAUGGAUACAUAUAGUAUUCAAAGUAAUACUGGAAGGUUGAGACCAAGCAGUGUAAAAGAUAAAGCAGUGAUACAUUGUAUGAUAUUAGCAUUGAUAAUUUGCAAUUUUGUAUUAGAUAUAGAAUUAUUUGCAACAAUAUUUACUCACCGUAUGGGGCUGAAAAAGUUAACAGACCUUGCCAGAAUUAUUGGUGCUUUACCUAACAAGGAGGAUAAAAAACUUGUUACACUGAAGGUUCCAUUACCUCCACCUAUGUCUGUUGUAAAUAAGAAGAAGAGAAAAUAGUUUUCAGAACAAUCAAACUUUUAAUAUACUGUUAUCUUAUAAGAGAACGAAUUUAUACCACGAAACUAUCUAUUUCUUAAUAAAUAUUAUUUUCAUAA